UUCACAGCACUCGAAGGAAUAUCACCAACUAUUGUUGAAGAGCUACAAAGGAAGAUAGGCCUAAUCCAAAAAUAUCGAUCGCAGCAAAAAGAAUAUUUGACUCAUGCUCGUUUCUUUUGUGCUAGUUACCUGCAACUGAAUAAUAAGUCUACUUUGUUCUCCUUAACUUCUUCAGCUCCUGCCUACUUUCGAAUUUCGUCUGUGAGAAAAUCUAUUGUGCAUUGCAAAGGAUGUUCCGAUGGCACUGUUGACAUCCUUUCGGAUACUCUCAGUAAUUAUUAUUUUAACGGAGACCCUCUGCGAUGGACUGACUCACUGUCAGAGCUGAGAGUGCUAUGCAGCUAUGGACAUGACAAAUGAUGUGGGUACUUGCACACUGACGUAUGAGAGCGCUGCGCUUGGAUAUAGUGACUUUCCAUUGACAGAGGAACCAGUUUAUCUGAUCGGCAUCAAGUAUAGUGCUCUGUAUGACAGAGAUGAACUGAAAAGAGAUUUUUUAUCCAAGAUAUGGUGCACCUAUAGGAAAAACUUUCCUGCAAUUGGUGGAACAGGGCCUACCUCAGAUGGGGGUUGGGGGUGCAUGUUGCGAUGUGGACAGAUGAUGCUGGCCCAGGCUUUGGUGGUCAGACACUUAGGAAGAGAUUGGAGAUGGUCUUUAAACUGCCAAGAUGAGAAUUACAAAAGAAUUCUACAAAUGUUUGCUGACAAGAAAAGUGCGAAUUACUCCAUUCAACAAAUAGCCUCCAUGGGAGUUUCAGAAGGAAAGCAGGUUGGCUCAUGGUUUGGACCAAAUACAGUGGCACAAGUAUUAAAGAAGCUUGCUGUGUAUGAUGAGUGGAGCUCCCUUGUGAUUCACGUUGCCAUGGACAACACUGUUAUUGAAAACGAUAUAAGGAGUAUCUGUAAAAAUGAACAAAGUGACUGUGAUAUAAUUGGAGUGAGACAAUUAAAACAUGAACCUGCUGCUAGAGGGCAAACUAAACAACCUCGUCAAGAAUCUGCGAACCAAGACAAAAACAAACGAAAUACAGUGGAUGUCAAAAGUUGGAAACCACUCUUACUUGUAAUACCAUUAAGACUUGGGUUGACUGAAAUAAAUGCAGUUUAUGUGCAAAGUUUAAAGGCAUGUUUGAGUUUUCCCCAGAGUGUUGGUAUUAUUGGCGGCAAACCAAACCAUGCCCACUGGUUUCUUGGUUAUAUGGGCGAUAAGCUUAUCUAUCUGGAUCCGCAUACUACGCAGUUAUCUGAAGACUUGGACAGUCAGGAUUUCUCAGACGAAAGCUAUCACUGUCCGUAUCCAUCAACAAUGAAUGUCAUGGAACUAGACCCUUCAAUAGCACUGGGAUUUUACUGUGGAACAGAGAAAGAGUUUGAUGACCUCACACAAAGUGUUCAGAAGUUUAUAGUCAGUUGUACUAAAAACCCCAUGUUUGAGCUGUACAAGGACCGGCCCCAUCACUGGCCCCCCUACGAACCGUACACAGGGCAGACAGCCAGUGCCACUGGAUUUACAAUGAUGGAUAGGCAGGAUACAGAUGAAGAGUUCGAACUCAUAGGGUAACAAUUGGAAAGAAAAACUUUGACGGUGACCAUGAAAAUGUUACAGAGCUCCAGCGAGAUAAUAACUAUCCAGCAAUUUAAUACUUAUAAACUGAUUGUAACUGAAUAUAACAUCUGAACGUUGAAUUAUCCUCGAUGUGUAUGCUGGGCUGUAAAUGUGAUAUUUAAUGUAUUUUAAUGAUCCUGUAUCAUGGGAACUGCUAUUUCGGAUUGUAAUUAUAAAGUAGAAAUGAGAGUCACAGUCAUAUAUCUGUUGGCAAUCUGUUGUACAUAAUAGAGAUGAGAGUUAUAAUCAUUUUACUGUUGGCAGUUGUAAGAAUGAGACAAACUAAGGUUCAUUCCUGAGAAAACAUUGGUGAAUGUAAAUAAUACACACCAAAUAACAGUUCCUUUGCCGGUAAAUGUUACGUACCAAAAUAGCAGUUCCUGUGCCUCUAUAUACCGGUAUAUAUACAGGGGCAAUAAGUCUGUUGUGAAAUGUUACUGGACUUGUGAUGUUUUAUUUUAACUCCCCUCACAAUAAAUUGUAGCAUCGUUGAACACCCUGCAGUGUCUAUGUGCCGGUGAGGAAGUGCAUGUACAUGUAAAAGACAAGUUUAUUCUUGGUUGUGAGGGGUGAUCAGCUUCGCAGUGUUCUUAUUUUAAUGUGGAUUUCAUCUCCAAUAUUCUGGCAAGCAGACUUUCAGGGGGAAUAACCAAUGGUUCAAAUCUCUCUUUUCCGUGCAGACUGGUGUAAAAACACUCAAAUAUACAUGACUCAUUACUUAUAUCUAAUAGUGUAAUUGUUUCAUUGAUGAAAUUAUGGAGUUCCAAAUUAAUAUAAAUUCAAAUAAAUUUUUGAGUUUAUGUUAAUUUGGUGUUCCAUACGAAAGGUGUAUUUUGAAUUUUCUUGUUUAAUUUAUGCUUUGUGUAAAAGUAAAUUUGUGUGUGUAUACAAGAGAAGAUUAACUAUAAGCUGUAACCGUAGAAGGUACAUCUGUUGAUUAUAUGCAAAGUUAAGAAUGAACUGCAAUAUUAUAUACUGUUAAUUAAUAAUCAGCCAUAGUGAGUUGUACAUCAUUGCUUUUAACGCUUUUAAACAAGUUUCAUUGUGUGAAGUUUGAAUGCUGAGAAUCUGUAUGUCUCCUCUCUAGAAUAACUUUUCAGCCAAAAUUAUUCUUUAUGUAUUUUGUUUUUAAAUAAUUGGUAGUUUAGAAGAUUACAUUUUGUUCAAAUGAAGGGUUACAGGGGGACAAUAGUGUCAGAAGUUUUACAAUUGUAUAUACAGGGAAUAUUGAAAAAAAGGAAUACACAGUGGAUAUGAGAUGUGAUUCAUAAGCCUUUUAUUUUAUUGCAAGAGUUGUUAAUUUAUUGUGUCAAAUAAAUAACAUCAUAUUUCU